AUGUUGAAUAUUUUCCGGAUUGCCGGAGAUCUUAGUCAUUUGGUCUCCAUUUUCAUCUUGAUCAACACAAUCAAUGUGAAGAAGUCUGCACAGGGAAUCUCGCUCAAAACCAACAUUUUAUACGCUGUGGUGUUUGUGACCAGAUAUGUCGAUCUUCUUUAUUCAUACACUUCCUUAUACAACACUUUGAUGAAAAUCUUCUUCAUUUCCUCAUCCAUAUACACCAUAGUUAUGCUCAAAAAGUACUCGAAGAACAUACAACAAUACAACGAUGACUUCAAGAUUGAAUACCUCAUUGCUCCAAGCUUCGUUCUUGGUUUGAUCUUUAACCAUGGCUUUAAAUUCUCCGAGAUUCUGUGGAGUUUCAGUCUCUGGCUUGAGUCUGUUUCGAUCUUGCCUCAAUUGUUCAUGCUUCAGAAGAGUGGCGAGUCGCAGUUGCUCACUACCCACUAUAUUUUUGCAUUGGGUCUCUACAGAGCAUUAUACAUUCCAAAUUGGAUCUACAGAUACUUUGCUGAAGGUCGCUUCGAUAAGCUGGCAAUCACUACUGGUAUUAUUCAAACUUUGGUCUAUUCAGACUUCUUCUAUGUCUACUACCAAAAAGUGAUCAAAAAUAUAGGAUUCAGCUUACCUCAAUAA